AUGACAGCAGCUCAAUGGAAGCAAUUCAAUUUCUUCGACAGACAGCAAUCGUUUGACCCAAGCGACAAGAGCAAGUCACCUGCUGUCUUUGAGGAGGAGGAUGGUGGAACACCCGUUGCCAAAUUCUGGGAUAUGGAUUCUGUGAAAUAUGGGGACUCUGAGACGAUCACGCCUACAUGCAUCAGAUCAAUCAAAAUACAACAUGGUGCAAAACCUUAUCCGGUUACAACCAUUGCUGUUCUCGAGAACAUGUCUCAAAUGGCCAUUGGAUUAGCAAGUGGAGCAGUCAUUCAUAUCCGAGGUGAUCUCUCAAAGGACCGUACGAUCAAGCAAAAGGUCAUUUAUGAAGGCGAGGAACCAAUUACAGGUCUUGGAUUUCGUGAGCAGACAAAGUCAACGAUUCUUUUCAUUGUGACGACAAGCAGCAUCAUGUCAUACAAUACCACAGCCAGCAAACCUACAGUGACCACUUUGGAUGAACAAGGAUGUGGGCUUGGAUGUGCCGUGAUGAGUGAUUCUCAGGAAAUGGUGGUUGGCAGAGAUGAGGCAAUCUACUUUUAUGACUCUACUGGUCGAGGACAAUGCUUUGCCUAUGAUACACCCAAAUCAUCAAUGACUUGGUUCAAAUCCAAUUAUCUUGUUAUCGUUUCUCCACCCGUCACUACAUCAACACAAUUAUCGUCUGCCAGCCGAUCUUCAUUACCAUUCAGCCCUAAACGCAACAGUGCAUUGAACGAGCUUACAAAAGUCACCAUUUUCGACACAACAAACAAAUUCAUCGCAUUCCUUGGAACAUUUGUUGGUGGUAUUCGGGGUGUCUUCUGCGAAUGGAAUUCUGUUUGGAUCGUUGGAACGGAUGGCAAAAUAUACCACCUCGAUGAGAAGGACACUCCCACCAAGCUCGAGAUAUUGUUCAAAUUGAAUCUUUACGUGUUGGCGAUCAACUUGGCCCAUUCACAAAAGUAUGAUGACGCUAGCAUUGCCGAGAUCUUUAAGAAAUACGCAGAUCAUUUGUAUUCCAAGGGGGAUUAUGAUGGAGCCAUUGAUCAAUACAUUCGCACCAUUGGGGAAUUGGAACCAUCUUAUGUUAUCAGAAAGUUUUUGGACGCACAAAGGAUAUACAACUUGACCAAUUAUUUGCAAGAACUUCACUCCCAAGGCCUUGCCAAUGCUGACCAUACUACACUGCUAUUGAACUGUUAUACCAAGCUCAAGGAUGUAUCACGUCUCGAUCAUUUCCUCAAGACCGAUGCUGAUUUGAACUUUGACCUUGAAACCGCAAUAAGCGUUUGUCGACAAGCUGGCUAUUAUGAGCAUGCUGUAUACCUUGCAGAGAAAUUCCAAGAGCAUGACCUCUAUUUAGACAUUGUGAUUGAGGAUAUGAGAGAAUACGACAAGGCGCUUGCCUACAUUCGCAAGCUAUCACCAUACGAGGCAGAUAAGAGUCUUCAGAAAUACAGCAAAACACUGCUCACUCAUCUUCCGGAUCAAACAACUGAAAUCCUUGUCGAGCUAUGCACCGGCACACUUUCAGCAAGAAAUACCGAUGAUCAUGUACAAUCACCCACACCAUCAGCCAAGAACAAUACUUCAGCUUUGCAAACCCUUUCCAUUUUACCCUUUGCCACAGCCAAUGAAUCAGCCUCUAUUCGAUCCGACAGCAGUGGCACAAAUCGUGAUACCAGCAUUGACACCAAUGAAAAGCAGCAGCAGCAACACAAGGGCAGCUUAAAGUAUUCCCCACCUUCAGCACGCAUCUUUAUGCCAGCAUUUGUUGAACGACCCAAUUACCUAGUUGUGUUGCUUGAGAGCGUAUAUGAGAAGCGAUGGGCUCAUUUGGCAUCUGGGAAUGACAAAAACAACAACGACACUGCAUCCAUUCGCAGCUACAGUACCAGGGAGGAUAAAACAAUACAUCAACCCAACGGCACAAGCACCGGGCCCACACUUUCACAUCAAGAGAAGGAAGAGCGCAAAGCCAUCUGGAACACGUUGUUGGAAUUGUACUUGAUGGAUGAACAGCCAUUCCCCCUUUCACAGGAAUCAUCUACUGGAUCACGUGAACAAUUAAGUGAUGAGGAGAGGCAAAAGCGACGCAAGAACUUCCGUGUUAAGGCUUUGGCAUUGCUCAAGGAUCAAGCAGUGGAUUACGAUACGAAUCAAGCAUUGGUGCUUUGUCAGCUGAAGCAAUUUGAUGAGGGCAUUGUAUAUCUCUAUGAAAAGACUGGCAUGUACUCGGACAUUGUGCAAUUUUGGAUUGAUAAGGAGGAAACGGAUCGUGUCAUUGAAGCCGUGCGAAAAUAUGGACCCAAGGAUUCCUCCCUAUACCCAAUGGUGCUCACCUACUUUUCGUCCAAUGCAGAAGUCUUGUCGAAGUCAACACCGGAAUUGCUCUCUGUCCUUAAUCACAUUGAUUCACAAGACUUGCUUCCACCGAUCCAAGUUGUGCAGGCUCUCGCACGUAGUGACGUAGCAAGCAUCAGUCUCAUCAAGCGUUACAUUGGCAAAAAGAUCGAGCAUGAACGUGAAGAACUCAGCCAGAACGAAGAGCUGAUAGCAAGCUACCGUGAAGAAACUGAAAAGCGAAGACAAGAAAUUGACGAGCUGCAAACGAGUGCACGAAUCUUUCAAGUGCAAAAGUGUACGGGUUGUGAUGGCAUGCUUGAUCUUCCAGCGGUUCAUUUCCUUUGCCGACAUUCGUAUCAUCAACGGUGUCUUGGAGACAAUGAUCGAGAAUGCCCACAAUGUGCUAUUCAGCAUCGCAUGAUUUCUGAAAUCCGACGUACGCAAGAAGCCAACGCUGAUCGGCACGAUAUCUUUUUCGAUCAGCUUGAUAACGAAGAAGAUGGCUUUUCGGUCAUUGCGGAUUACUUUUCAAAGAAUACUAUGACAUUUGCAAAGCUCAUUGAUUAG